AUGUCCAAGGUGGAUGGAGCCAAUGUUAUAGAUUCAAUCAGCAGUCAGUUCACUGAUACUCUGCGUACGCUCAACAACCGGGCCCUGCACGGGAUCUAUAAUUCCAUUGAGGACAAACACGGUGCAUUCAAUAUUCAAACAUGCACGUCCUAUGUUCAGUCAUGCGGAGCUGCACUCCAGGGACUGCGGUUUGGUAUCUACUGGCGCUCACUGGAAAAUAGCCCCAUGCCCAAAGCUCAAAAGGGCCUGGCCAUACUUGAAGCGUAUUUGGAGUCGCGUAACAUGCAGCUUAAUACCAAGACCAAGGCAGGGAAGGAGAUGGCGCAGGAACUCAAAAAAUCUUCAGAUUUCAUAGCAUACAAGUCGGCAUUCAACAAUUUUAAGCGGGGAGCAGUCCGAUUCCUGGAGGGAUACAAAGUGUUUGGGUCAAUUAUUUUGGUCUGCCCACUCCUUGAUUUCAACUCGUUCAAGGACCCGGUCAUAGGCGCACGUAUCAAUGGCCUUUUGCCCGAAGUAAAGAAGUUGCAGAGUCCUCGGCGUGCUAAAGAACAAGAAGAAAUUCAAAACAAACUUGUGUUGGCCAUAUUCCAAAGACUGCCGACCAGUAAGGUGUUUAUGGAUGCAUUGGAAGACAUUAAAUCCGAUGAGAAUUAG